AUGUGGCAGCCCGUGCACGCCCGGGCGUGGCGGCAGGCGGCAGGCAUCACCCCCGCGGCGCACCGCGCGGCGUCCUCCCACGCACGCCCGCUGGGCGCCGUCGUCGCCCCCUGCCUGGCCGAGCCGCUCGCCGUCCUCAUCGCGCGCCUGCGCGGCAGCUUCCCUCCUGUCGAGGCCUGCCUGGCUGCAGACAAGGACGGCUGCGGCGGACCCGGCGCGGCCGCGGCUGCUGCAGCUGCUGCGGCGCGGCCAACGGCGGGCGGCGCGAGCGCGCUGUCGCUGGUGCGGCGGCCGCGGCUGCUCAUAUGCGGGCCGGAGGGCGCUGGGCAGGGCCACCUGGCGGCGGCGCUGCUGCACGCGCUGGAGGGCCUGCCGAUUCACGCGAUCGGCCUCCCCAGCCUCCUCGCAGACGCCGGCGCCAGGUCCCUGGAGGAGGCCCUGGUGCACGCGUUUGUGGAGGCGCGCCGCGCCGCGCCCGCGCUGCUCUUCCUGCCGCACCUCCCCCUCUGGUGGGCCACCGCGCCCGCGGCGCUGCGCGCGGCGCUGUUGAUGCUGGUGGAGGACCUGCCCCCGGAGUUUCCGCUGCUGCUAGUGGCGGUAGCGGACGCGCCCGCGGGCGAGGUCGACCCAGAGGCGAGUUUUCCUGUUUGA